UUUGCAGAUGAAAAUUCCCUCUGUUUUUACGUAACAGGAUCCCUGUUUUGGAUUUCCAUAUAGUGAAAGACGUGGAGUUCCAGUCAUGGCUUCAAGAAGAACAGAUGUUCCUGCUAUUGAGCAUGGCUCUGAAGGGCUUCUAGGAAAGAUGUCCCAGCCAAUUGGAAUGUACCGUCGGGCAUUUAGUUAUGAUGAUGCCCUGGAGGAUACAACACCAAUGACCCCUCCUCCUUCAAACAUGUGCUCAAGUAUCCUGUGGAAACAGCCAGUCAUCCCAGACCGAAAAUAUGAAGAACUUUCCAAGGUUGAGGAAGGGGAAACUAGCAUGCUUCCAUCUGCUAUAACCCCCUCAACUUCCACUGAGACUGUGAACAGGGUUCCAGUGGUGAAGGCCAAGGCCACCCACAUCAUCAUGAAUUCUCUCAUGACAAAACAAACUCAGGAGAGCAUUCAGCGCUUUGAGCAGCAGGCAGGGCUGAGAGAUGCUGGCUACACUCCCCACAAGGGCCUCACUGCAGAGGAGACAAAAUACCAUCGUGUGGCUGAGUCACUCCAUAAUCUAAAGAUGCAAAGCGGAGAAAUAGCAAAAGAAGAGAAACAGGCCUCUUCUGCCCAAUCUACUCCAAGCAGCACUCCACAUUCCUCUCCCAAGCGCAAAUACAGGACCUGGUUUAGUCAGGGAACAUCUACUUCCAUCACUGGUCCAGAUCUUAUCUCCAUGGAUUCUAGCGGUGGUGACAGUGAUAAAGCCUCCACAGAAAAAUGGAACCUCUUUGGACCUCGAGCUCUCCAGAAAUCCACUGCUGACUCAGGGGGCUUUACCAUCCAGGCCUACAAGGGUGCCCAGAAGCCUACCCCAAUGGAGUUAAUGCGUGCUCAGGCUACCAGGAUGGCAGAGGACUCUGCAACAUUUAAACCCCCUAAGAUGGACAUUCCAACUAUUGAAGAAAAGAGACGUUCCCCCCGUUCUCAUAACAUCAGACCACGAGACAUGAAUGUGCUUACUCCUACUGGGUUCUAGCAACAUUUCCACAUGGAGGCAAAUAAUCUAAAUAUUUAAUAAUGGACAAAAUGGUCCAAUGCUGUUUUUCUACAUUCCAUUCUAAUGAGCUUUUGACAUUGCUUUCCUAGCUCAAGAGUUGCACAAGGUCAUGAAAAAAGAUGUGGGCAACCUAAUGCCUUUCUGAAUUACUUGCUUCCCCCCCCUUCCCAAAGGACCCUUUUAUCCUGCACCGCCAAUAACCAUCCUGCCUGUAUAGAGUUCUGACAUACAGCUCUGUGCUUCUCUAUACACCGAAGUUUUAUAGAGGGAAACCAUGAACCUACUAGAGCUCUUUUGAUGUGAAUACCUAGGAUGCUCUGUUUGGCUGUUGCGUAGACAUCUUUUUAUUCAUGCCAGGGUAUUGGAGGACAAUAUACAGUUUUUCUAAUCUAAAUAUCUCUGCUUUGAAUCUUUGGGGGAGGUCUGGCAUUAACUUUAAUUUAGUGAUCUGUCAAGAGUUUUGUUCUUGGAGGUAUCAGUCUUUUUCAAUAUGAAGACUCAUUUGCUGACCUCUUCAUUUAUAAGAGGUCCAUGUCUAUGGGCAUUAAUUGUUAAAGAGAAUGUUUCAGCAUGAAAAUAAAACAGACCCUUAGGACUAUGGUGUGAAAUUCAUAAUAGUGUUUGGGACGUACUCACUAAAACCAGUGUUUUGGGCGAGGUUCCAUUUCUUCUGCAAUACAAUCCAUUGCUUGCUUUACAGAAACAAUCAUUGGUGUAACCAUUAGCAUCAGGGAACCCUAAUGGCAUUUUGUGGGAAAAGCAUGUGAAAUAGUAUUAUAGUUCUUGGGAAAUGGAAACUGGUCAUUCUUAUUCAUGCUGCGUUAGCAGACACCAGGAUCCAGUGAAAUAGUAAAAAGUUAGCAGCACAGUGCACAUUCCCGGUAACUGGGCGCAAGUGCUUAUUUUUACAGAGUUCUGUUGUUGGAUAUAUUUUGAGCAGUCAAGAACAGUAGAAUGCUUGCUGUAUUCUUUCCAUGCUCAGGGGCAAUGAAUUGUUAUUUGGUUUUCAUGGUGUAAAUUCUGAGCUGCAGGCUGGCUUUCCAGAAUGAGAUGGCAUGCUACAAGCAUCCAUCAUAUAGAAGCUCAUUGUUUAAAGGCAUGUUUACUGAGACUUCCUUGUUAAUAUGUUUGUAUGCCCCAAGAGAAAUCUGUUUCCCAUCAGAGCCCAACUAUUCCUUUUACAAACUGUGGUGGUAACUGUAGUUCAAUGAUGUAGUAAUAUCUCACUCAGUUUCCUGUUAUUCCUUGACUAUAAUGGUAACUUUUUGGAUUUCUAAGGUGCCUUGAUAGCACGCCAGAUCUGUCUAGCCUGUUAGCAAUUACCAUUGCUGCUUGCAUGCUGUAAAUAGUGAUCCCACUUCUUGGUUAUUUAAUUUAUUUUGUGAUGUUUUAUGUUUGUUUCACUGUUGUACACUGUGCCUAACACUUCCUACAAAAGAAUUAAAAGUAGGGAAUAUGAUCAUUAAUUUAUAGUAACUUUAAGAAAUAAAUUCCCUCCUAUGACCUUAGUGAAAUAAUUUAUUACAAAAAAACCUGUACAAAACUGAAAUGGGAACAAAAACACUGUUAAAUCCGUAUUACAGAAGUCUAAAAUAAACUUGUAUAACUGGU